GUCUCCAGAAAUCUCCUGCAGCGGCUCCUCCUUCGAGAUUCAUCCCUUCCGCAGCGCCCGGCUGGCCUCCAGGAUGACGGGGCUCCUCCAUUGCUGCCGCCUCUUUGCCCUUUUCUGCCUUGGGGUCUCCCAGGACACCCCCCGGCUGAAGCUGAUUCCAAAAGAUGCCGUGACCCGAACUUUCAACCAGAAAGAAAGGCUGAUGACCAUGUUUCACGAGGCUGGGUCCUCCCAGGUUUUGGUUGGAGGCCGAGGAACCGUGUGGAUUCUGACAUUUGUGGGUUCUGAAAUCACGCCCACACAGGUCCCGGUGCGCGUUGAAGAGGAAGCCGAGAAGGACUGUAAAAGAGCAGGGAAGAGAGACUGCGAUAACUUCAUCCGGAUGAUCGAAAGGAUAGAGGAUAAAACACUGGUCUGUGGCACAAAUGCAGGUUCUCCCAAAUGCUGGAUCCUGGCCAACACAACAUUGCACAAAAACAACCAGGGUCAGCUUGUAACCAUAGUAGGAGACAACAUCAUCUCAGCCUCCCCCUCCCAAAAUGCGGUAACCAUUGCCAUCGAAGACAGCCUUUAUUCUGCCUUAUCCGGGAACAGAAGUUCCAUCCUGCGGAGCUACGGUCGGAGGAAAGGGAUCAAGACCAGGGAGAGUUGGCUGAGCAACGCCGAGUUUGCGGGCGCCGCUCUGUUCCCGCAGAAGGACCGGAGGAAGGACGAAAUUUUCUUCUUCUACAAUGAGGUCAACCAGUCAGCUGGGCUGGACGGGGAGCCUUACAAAGCUUGGCUUGGCCGUGUCUGCAAGGUGGAUCAGGGGGAGAGGCCGACCCUGGCCGAUUCCUGGAGCACCUUCCUCAAAGCGAGGCUGGUGUGUGGACGCCCUCACAAGCCCACGCAAUUCCACCGCCUGCAGAACGCCUUUGUCUCCAGAGAGGCCGGCCAGGCCGAGGCAGUGUUAUAUGGGGUCUUCUCCAGCCCAUGGGGCUCAUCAGCAGUCUGUUCAUACUCAAUGAACCGAAUCAGUUCCGAUUUUGAAACUUCCAAAUUCAAAGACGCCGCGGGCUCUGUUCCCCAUCCCAGACCUGGCCAGUGUGUUGCACCGGAUUCCAGCUCCUACUUGUCCAAGAUGGUGGCCUUCAUUAAGGACCACCCGGAGUUAGAAACCGUGGUCUACCCCGAUGAGGAGCAACCUCUGUAUGUCCUUGAGAUGAAUGAUACAUACACUCAUGUGGUGGUGGACAAGGUACGGGACGCCAGCAAUGUCUCCCAUGAUGUCCUCUUCCUUGGAACUGCCAAAGGGAAGGUUCACAAAGUUCUCCAGAGCAAAGAACAGACAGUGAUCAUUGCUGAGAUAAGCCCCUUCAAGAAUGAAGCCCCUGUCGUCAACAUGAUCCUGGAUGCCACCACGGGCCAUCUCUUCGUGAGCACAGAGACUGAAGUGACGCGUCUACCCCUGAAAGACUGCAACCAAUAUAAUGAAAAUUGCUGGAAGUGCAUCUUGGCCCGGGACCCUUACUGUGGGUGGGACGCAGCUGGCAAGAGGUGUUCUGCCAUCUCCCAGGAAAACCACACUGUCAGGUUGAUUCAGAGCCUGGAUUCGUCAAGCACCACUCGGGCCUGCAAAACAGCUGAAGAAAAAUUAGCCCAGGACGCCAUCAAGAAAGUCAACGUGGAUCACACGGCUUAUAUCUACUUGCCCUGCCCUCUGAGGUCCCACCACGCCGCCUACAGUUGGGUCAAGGACCACAAGGUUUACCCCUGUUCCAUGGAGGACCAGUCCUGCACACUCCGCUUUGGCCAGAACAUGCCCAUGGAUGAGGGGGUCUUCAAGUGCACCGCGAGGGAGGAAGGUUACAAGGAGGAAAUUGUGGGUUUUGAAGUUACUCUGAGCAGUGGAAGAAUCCUGGAGCUGGCUCUGACAGCGCCGGGCGCCGUGUUCCUCGCCAUAACAAUUCUCUUGCUAUAGACCAGAUUCCUAGCUAGAAGUGGAUUCCAUCACACUGCCAACAAUCUCUUUUUCAUUUCUCCCCCUUUUUCAAAUAACCGGCUUUGAAGACAUCAAGCCGCUGCGGCCGAUUCUCUGGGCCGUGCAGAUUGACCCCAGGUCCCAGGAGAGAGAGGCGGGUGGACGCUUUGCACAUGUGAUGGGGCUGGGGGAAGCCAGUAAGCGUUAAAGCAGGUGCAAGGAAAACAGACGUUUUGUCUG